CAACAGAGUAGUUGAAAGAGUCCCUAACGUCAACAAAAACACCAAUACUUUAAAAAGCUAACAAAAUUUCGUAAAUUCCGUAUACUGAAUUGAAAGGACAGAAAAAUAAGUACAUACGAAAUUUUUGUAAGCUAGAAAAUGGCAGACUCAGACAAACAGCUACCGAUUGAGCAGCAGCAGCAACAGCAACAACACCAACAGGAUGUCCAACAAGGUGAUGCUGCUCAGGCCCAAUUGAAGUCGCUGCCACCGAAAGAAGUCAUUGCAACCAAAGUAACUGGUACCGUCAAAUGGUUCAAUGUAAAGAGCGGUUAUGGUUUCAUCAAUAGAAACGACACCAAGGAAGAUGUUUUUGUACAUCAAAGCGCCAUUGCGAGAAAUAAUCCUAAAAAGGCAGUGCGCUCAGUUGGUGAUGGUGAAGUUGUUGAAUUUGAUGUUGUCAUCGGCGAAAAAGGUAAUGAAGCCGCCAACGUGACUGGUCCAUCUGGUGAACCGGUACGUGGUAGUCAAUUCGCCGCUGACAAACGCCGUAAUUAUCGUCCAUGGAAUAACCGCAAUCGCCGUAAGCCACAAGGUGGACAAGGACCCGAAGGAGAUGUUCAACAAGGUGUUGAAGGCGAAGUUAGAUCGGACGGUCAGCAACAACAACGUCCGCAACGCAAUUACCGUCGUGGUGGCGGUCCACCCGGCGGCCCUGGUGGUCGUGGCGGACGUGGUCGUCGUUUCAAUAACUAUUAUCCACGUAACCAAGGCCAAGGCAGACGUUCAGGUGGUAGCGAAAGUGGAUUGAUCGAAGGCGGCAACAAUGACCAGAACGCUGACUCCACUCAAAGGGGCGGUGAUGGUCAAGGUUUGCCCGCGCGACGUGGAGGACCACAAAGACGUUUCUUCCGUCGUAAUUUCAACAAUGGCGGAGGUCGACGUGGUCCACGCGAAGAUGGCAAUGGUGGACAAGGACCUCCGCGCAACAAUCGUCCAAGACGAAACAGGAAAUCCAGCGGCGCUGGAGGAGCAUCUGGUGGCGAAGGUCAACACCAACAGCCUCAGCAGGAUGUUGGCCACGAAGUGCAGAAUACCACAACCGAAAGUACAGCAUAAACAACGUCGGUUAGUUGCCAAUAAUGCAAUUCUACACUGAACAACCAACCAACCAACAAAUCAAUCAACAAUUACAACAGGAGAGGAGUAGAGCAGAAAAACAGCUCGUUUAAAGAAAAAAAAACAAAUAACCAAAUUAAUUUUGUGUUUCAGUAAUAAAAAAAUAUUCAUAGAAGAACGCAUUACACACUACUAAAACAAAAAAAUCUAAAAGCAAAAUGUUAGUCCGCAUGUAAUACUACUAUUAAAUUUUGCUGUCUUACACGUUUAAAGAUAUUUUGUAUUGCUGCGUGAACUAAUUAGGCUGAUGAUAGAAAAAAACUGUUACAAUUUGAAUCCCUCUUUGGUCCUAUUUAUUAUUAUUAUUAUUUUUUAUAGUAUCUGUAAAAUGUACAUAUGAUUGUCAUAUUUGUCCAUUAUUAUUAUAUUAUAUAUAAAAUAUUUAUUUAAUAAAACGUGUGCCUAAUUUUAAAGUUGAUUUUCAUUAAGUGAUUUUUAAACUAAAAUUCUCACUUUCUCAAAUCAUUUUGGCACACAUUUAACAGCUUAUAUAAAAAUCUAUUUAUUGCAAAAAAAAGUGACGAAUGUGGGUAUGUCCGUUUGCGUUUAGUUGCGUUUCUAAACUCAAGCAUACAUAUAUAGGACAUAAAAUGAGGAGGUUAAAUUAUGCCCACAUUUUAAUUUUUUCACAGCUACUCCCAUACAAAUCUGUUAUUAAUUUGAUUUACCGUAAAUUCUCUCAAUUAUUAAUUUGAUCCAUCAUAAACUUUCGCAAUUAUUCUUUGUGUUCCUCAUUAUUUUUAUUAUUUACUUCCAAUUGUUAACCUUUAAAGCGCUUACCAUAGUUUAAAGUAACAUUAUACACCUUAACCAUUGAGGCAAAUUGUACGUCAUUGUAAUAUAUUGAUUUGUUAUUGUAACAAUAUAAUGAUCACAUAUUUUUGAAAAGUUUUCAUCUUCAUACGGUUCAGUAGAACGUAACCUUACAAUUUUCGCAGUGUUCUUACAUACUCUUGAAUCAUAAUUAUACACUAAAUGUCCACAGGCAGCAUAAAAACGCAUACAUACGUAAUUAAUUUGUUUUUGGAAAAAAUAUACAAAAAAAUUGUAAAACCCUAAAUAAAUCUUAUUAGCAACUUA